GCUGGCAGUGGGAUCCCAAAGAUAGACCCACUUUUAAAGAGAUUCACUUUCUUCUGGAAAACAUGUUUGACAAGUCCAGUGUUAGUGAAGGUCCAACUCCUCCCACUGGACGACGGGGCCUUUCCACGCUGGAGGAAACUGAAGUUUCUCUGAUGAAGGUGAAUGAAUCAUUAACUAGAAAGUCUCUUCGAGGCAAGCCAGGCAAACCGGCACCUCUGCCACCCCGUAGAACCACCUCUGUCAAGGAUGUGGCAUCUAAUUUGGCUGGUGGCAGUUUAAAUCAGGAGUUGAAGAGCCGCAUACGAUUACGAAAGGCUAAACUGGAACAGUCACCUGUAGUUGGGCAGGAACAGUUGACUGACAGCAGCAGUGAUAACAUAAACUUCCAACAGAGAGAAUCCUCAUCUGUCAGCAGAACAGCCACCUACACACCACACAGUGACUCGGCUCCUCCAGUAUUGACAGGACUAGAUGCCACAGUAGGGUUUUCCCGAGAAGACAAGGCCAGUAAAAGCUCAGUAGAUAACCUGAAGGCAGCUCAGAUAGACAGGUCCAAGUAUCUGAUCUCUGAAGCUAAUGCCAGAAGUUUAGACAAGAAUGCCCCAGACAGGACUGCUCAUGGUCCAUUAGCACAGCAUCCCAAGAAAGCUCUGCUUCCUCCACAGCGAGCAGCAGUGUUGCCACACAAGAAACUCUCUGAACAUUCCUUGUCAGAGGUGGCCCAGGCUGAACCGGAUGUGGCUCCCAGACUGGGCAGACUGGAUAUAACCAAUGUCACCAAAGCCAUCAGCAGAUAUGGAACCAUUCCCAAGGGGGUGAGGAUUGGUGCAUACCUGGAGUCCAUGGAGCGGCAACAAGAAGGUCAGCGGCGGGACAAUUCUUUGCUGGAAGAUCACCAAUCUGGGAAUAAUAGUGUCAGUGUGUCAUCAUGUCCUCAUGUAACAGGUGAUCACCCAAUAGAAACCAUUGCAGCAGUUGUGGGGCGGUUACAAGAGGGCAUCAAUGAGGAUUCUGAUCAGGGCAUCAAGCAGGAACCCAAUUUGAAACCGUCUGCCUUUAUGAAGUCUCAGUCACAACAUGGUAUUGCCGGUCCUGACAUAGCCAUCCCUUGCUCUCAGGCUGCCACCACAACCAACCUCAAGUUACAACUGUCAGACUUGGUACAGAGACACACGUCUGAGCUCUCCAUCAAACCAUCGGUGCCUUUAGAGCUGCUCCCACCAUCUAACCACAUGGUUACCUCUAUUGCAGCACCAACUUACUACCAGCAGCCUUCCGUCCAUCAGGCAAACACAGACCCCCUCUCUCAACAGGCUAUGUCCCUGUCCGCUGCACACGGUUCAUCCCGUUUCUCAGAUGCUAAUGACAUCCACAGACCGAAGCCGAGCCCACGGUUUUCCCGACAGUUGGUAGACGGGCUCAGUGUCCGCGACCAGCCUCAGGUUCCGGGCCGUACACAGCAAGCUUCCUCUAACAUUGGAACAGAUGCCAGUAACCUUUAA